AACAGGAGAUCAAUGGCCGAGAGGUAAGAGGCCCGCUUUUGGUGAUUGAGCCGCGCUAACUGUCCGCAUAGAUAAGAAAUAUUGUAUUCCUCGCUCAGUCCAUGGCCGAGUAUAAGGGGGAAGUGAUGAGCGAAAAACACCUGAAGGCUUCCAUUACGACGAAGCAAGAUGUCCACUUGGACUAUAAUGGGGCUGGUGCGGUGGAGAAUCGGAAUUCUUACAUGUAACCGGACAGUGGCAGGCGUUAGUUUUCUCGGGCGGUGGGUUUGGGCGGAGCACAUCUUGGGGGUUUAUUAGGCUCUCUCUUUUCUGGUCCUCUAAAAGGGUUCAAAGCAGAUUGCCAUUUUCUUCUGUGCGGACACGCAAUAAGUUCGGACAUUGGAUCAAAAAGAAGGAAAGACGAAAAACCCUGGGGUCUGAUGACUGAAUGUAUAGGUAUCCCAUUAGGUACCAGACGUCAUGGGAACGGUCCAUUCAACAGCAUCCACUUCUUCACAACGUACCACGGAGUGGACGGGAAGAGGCCGUGAAGGCUAUCGGUGCGUUUCGAAGGAGUCCCGUGAGUCACUUACGGGUUGAUUGCGAAUAGCAGUUAGUGCUCGCACAGAUGAUACCGAGGCGCACUGUGCUAGAGCGACACGCAAUCGCGAGGCUGAAGACGUCGCGUGAGAUUGGCG